AUGCUCCAAAACUUUUUCUUUCCGCACCUUGAUCCAUCACAUCUCCGCAACCGUCGAUCCUUUCUCUCGCUCUUCACCUCUUACGCCGAUAGAACCAACGCUGCGCAGCGCUCUACAGAAAUCAUGGUCCGUUCAUACCCAAACAUCGUCAUCACAGGUACACCUGGAACGGGCAAAUCCACCCACUCCUCCCUCCUCGUCUCCACCUACUCCCCACCUUCCUCCGGGUCCUCCUCCUCCUCGCAUCCUCUUCGUCAGAUCGAUGUCGGAAUGCUCGUGAAAAAGGAAGGUUUCUACACCGAGUAUCUCGAAGAAUGGCAGAGUUACGAGGUGAACGAAGAUCAACUCUUGGACCACCUCGAACCGUUGACAGGCACAAAGGCACCGGAACCGUUGGAUUCGGACGAAUUCGAUCAGCAGGAUCUCGAGCGCGCAAAGAGCCUGGGCGAGGAUGCGGAGGAGAGAGGCGGCUUGGUGUUGGAUUGGCAUACCUGCGAUGUUUGGCCGGAGAGAUGGGUCGAUCUGGUGGUGGUGUUGCGGUGCGACCAUGGUGUGCUCUGGCAGAGGUUGGAGAAACGAGGGUACACGCUCAAAAAGAUUCAGGAGAACAACGAGGCCGAAAUCAUGGGCGUAGUCGCAGACGACGCUCGCUCAUCCUACCCAGCGGAAGCCGUCGUCGAACUGCAGAGCCAAGAAUCCGGAGACGUAGAGGAAAACGUAGAGAGGAUCAUCCAGUGGAUUCACGCUUGGAGACAGGCUCGUGGAUUGGAGUGA